AAUGAAUGCAGCUCUGAGAGCAAAACUUAUGGACCCAAUGGUUUUAAACCUGGAGGGGAACAAGAAAGAAAAGGAAACGGAAAAGGCAAAGAAAAGGAAAAAGAAGAAAAGGGUAAGAAGGGAAAACUGUCAGAUGAAGAAAAGGCGGCAAAGAAAGUAGAAAGAGAUAAAGCAAAGGGGGAAAGACAGAGGGCAAAGGCGGCUAAAAAAGAUAUGAAGGAAGGCAAGAUGAUGAAACCAAAGGGAAAGGGAGAAAGAAAAACCAAAAAGAUGAACCAGGAAGAGCAUACAGAGCAAAGAAGCUAUCACCAUAACAAAAAAGCUGAAGGAAAGAAAAUGGGAGGACCUCAUCGUAAAAGCGGAAAGGCUGAGACUCACAAGAACGGAAAGGGAAAGAAGGAGUCAAAACAAGGAAAAAUGAAGAACAAGGAUGUUGAAAAAAUUGUCGGAACUCUUACUGGAAUAGCUUCACUAAGGAGAGAAGAACAAGUUGAAAUCUUCAGCGCUGACAAUCAUAAAAUGAUCCAAUCUACUUUCACCGUUGGACCCCUUACUCUUGAUGUUACCAAAACGAGUGGACGAGGACAAGAGAGAAGUGAAAAAUCCGCUAACGCCAAAACAGCUAUCUUGAAGAGAAAAAUGAAGAUUAAGGUCAAGGCAGAUGGGUCAGCUCACGUAAAAUCUGUCGUCUUCGAAAAACCCGACCAGAUUGAGGUAGCUGGCAACUUGGGAAACCAGAAGCGCUCAGACAACAUCCUGAAGCAGUCUGUGAGGUCAAUGCGCUCUGUUGCCGCGCAACAUGUCAACUUUAAAGGACGCAAAUUAAAAAUAAGCAAACAUAAAGGAAAUAAAGACAAAGAAAGAAGGGAGGAAACGAAAAAAGAUUAAAGGAAACAAAAAUAAAUAGCGGGAUUUGUCCUUAAGUCUGGUGCCACAAUUCCCCAGUAAUUCUUGAAACACAAAUCUGUGAUUACUGAACUAUUUGUUGUAGUGCACUGUAAAAUUAUUUACAUAAUUUAUAUCACAUUUAUUUGAACAUCGCUUUUGUUAAUAAAAUUUAAAAACAAGA